AUGUUAAGCACAAACUUUUUACGCGCUGCUUUAGCUAGAGGCUUUGCUUCAAAGACGCUUAAGUCGUAUAGUUUCGAUGAGAUCAAAACUUUGGUAAAGGAGCCAAAUCCUUCCAAGGUAUUAGUAGAUGUUAGAGAACCCGCAGAAUUAAAGCAAUAUACCCUACCAAACUCUAUAAAUCUUCCAUUGAAAACUUACCCAGGCGCUCUUUCCUUACCGCCCAAUGAGUUCCAAGAAAUCUUCGGUAUGGAAAAACCUUCCACAGAGAAAGAACUUAUCUUUUUCUGUGCAGGUGGUAUGAGAGCACAAGCUGCUCAAGAAUUAGCAAGCUCUUAUGGCUAUGAAAACACUAGUGUGUGGCCAGGUUCUAUUAAUGAGUGGUUGGCAAAAGGGGGUGACAAAUUGUGA